AUGUCAGAGGAUCGGGGACAAUCAAAAGCCAGCAAAGGGUUUGAAGAACCGUGGGUAAGAAUACUUAGUGUAAUUUAAAAUUAAAAAUCGAUCGCCUGCAGACAGGCGUCUUUUACUACUUACAAUUUCGUUUGCAGUAGAUGCUGUGCCUGCUAGGAAUGCUUGUGUCCGUUAAAUUCUAUUAGACGAAGACUGCCCAGUUUCCUAUUUGCAAGUCGAAGUACGCCUAAUCAAUCUGAAGUCGGUAUGAAUAGAAGCGGUCUUUUCAUAGAAGUCCAUAAAUGCUCCUUUCAACUAGGUAUAUCUAAAGCUUGCUUCUAAUGAGCACUUAAAAAUUACACCGCAAUACCGUUUGCCACCUAAAAUUUACAAAGCAUCUUUGCCCAGAAUUUGACGGAUACACAUUAAUGCUAUGCACCCAGUAACUUUGUUCGUGGGGAGAGAGCUUUCAUAGAAGAAAUUGCUUAUUUUCACGAUGUCUUCUUCAAAUCCGUAAACUCCCAUGUUAGCCCUUACUGUUUUUCAGAGUAUAAUCUUUGGAUAAUUUGAAGUUUUCUUAAUACGGCACCGGAGAUAUUUGACGUUAUUGAACUAAACCCUGUCUCAUACGAAAUUGCCAAAUCGCCUAUUCGGUAGUGACUACAUAAAAUAAGAGAAAACGUCUCCUACAAAUAAAAUAGUUUUGAGCGGCCUGACGAUGAACAGUCCAGUUUUGGCACAUCCCAUAUUUGCAUAACUGACAGUAUCUUUUUGAUGGUAGAGGUUUGCUCAUCAAACGCGCUACGAAACUCACUUAUUCCAUUGUGCCUCGGGGCUCUCUCUCUCUCUCUGGAGCCCAACCGGCAGUCGCAGAGAGGAGCAAAAUAUAGGCAGAAUAACACUACUGGCAGAGGCAUGGGAGACUGAAAUUGCCAUUUCUGGCUUGUUGGCCGUCGUCAGCCAGUCAUACCUAACCCCGAAGUGUGGAGCACCCCAAGCUCGAACUGGCCACCUGUUAGUUAGAAGUUCACGCCUCUAACCACUGCGCCACAAGCCCGUUGCCCUGUCGGUUUCGAUCGGGAAUAUACUGGGGUACGGGACGCUCACAGAUCGUUCAUACGGAACUCAUUCGUUCCGUUGUGCCUUACGGGCUCUCUCUCGAGCCCAACAAGCAGCCGCACCGCGACGCAUGACAUAGGCAGAAUGUUUUUACCGACAAAGACAAGGGAGACUGGAAUGGCCCUUUCUGACCUGUUAGACAUCGUCAGUCAGCCAUACCCACCCCGAGGUGUGGAGCACAUAGGGACAUACCCUCACCAGGACAUGCAUUACCGUUGUGCUGUGGAGCCUCAAACUCUGUUUCGGGCCAGUCGUAAUCUUGACCACCAUGUGGAACUAGAAUUAUAAACAUGCGCCAACACACAAUGCAACUUGUUCUUAAAGACGAUCUGUCAGAUGGACCAAAUCCCGCUUGAGUUGUGCCUUCUGGCCACCUGAUAACCUGCAGACCGAGCUUCUUCUCAGACAGUAAUGGCACACACCGAUCUGCAGGCUUUUCAUUCGAAGCUGGCUCAUUCGGACGUCCGACAGAACGCCGUCUCUCACAGGGUCAUUAGGGCAUGAAACGGACUCCCUGAUGCAGUGGUUCUUUCCAAAACUGUCAAAUCCUUUAAGUGUAAACUAGAUACUCAUUUGCUGAGAAACUACUGUACAUAUGAUCACGAUUGUUCAAGCGGCGACCGUUUGCGCCUGGCUCGCAAUUACCGCCAACUUUUGAAUUUUCGCAUUUGCUGAUGUUAUUAUUGAUGCUAUUUCUGCUUAUCGAUAUAAUUAGGGAGCUCAAGGGCGAAGAACUCAUUCCCUUAGUAAACAGACUUAAAUACUGAAUUUCGUUUUGCAUUCACUUUUCAUUCGAAGUAAUGAAUUCUACUUAGCAAACCGUUUGUCAAAUAGGACGUUUACCAUUCUGCAUAACGCAUGCAGAAGACAGAAUAUUAAUUAGGUAAGGGAGUGCCUAUAUGGUGCACUUCUUUUUUGUCGCAAAUAAAUCCCUCUGGAUGUCUUCCUAAAUUAACAUUGACAUUUUACCGAAGGAAAUUCAAAACGGAUGUACGUAGGCUUUUCGAAAUAUUUAUCCUGCUGGUAUGGGAGUUGUCUGACUUAUCCAGUAGGUCUGAGCUCAUCGAAGCGAAGGACUGAGUAGUUUAUUCGCAAAUGUUUUUCAGGAGUGUGGUCGGCUUAGGGAUUGCUUAAAGUAUCCAGAAACAGAACUUUCCGUUUUUAUGAUGACAUGCCGUCUAGUAAUGUUCUCUGGUCCCUGAAUCUUAUUGGUUAAUUCAGGAAUCCAGAGUCAAGCCGUAACCUUUUUCAAUUAUUUGUGGACAUCGUUAGAAAUCAUUUGUUUUGUGCCUUAAACGUGCGUCUUAAGACGGACUGGGGUAUCAGUUUCAAAAUUCACGCAACGAGGUUAUUUCGUUUUAUAUGACUAUCGCCUUCCUUUAAAUACGCUCAUACAUACUAUGUAUGCAUAUGUAUCGAGCUGACAACUAAGUAAGUUAUAAAAGGAACGGUAUGAAGUUAAGUGCCCGAGACAUUAAGUUUUGGGGUCCAGAUCAAAAUUUUUAAUAAACGUUUGAGUCAAAAAAAGUCAACUCCUGUGGAAUAACCGCAUAAUAUAUCACACGUUGUGCCAUUGGUGGUAUAAUCUAUAGCUGACACCCACGUCGGAGGUACAGUAUAAGGAUCUGUUACAUACAUAUAUGCUGCAAGUAAAGCAAGUUUUGGGAACGAAACAACCUGUUUUAUGUACAUUUUUGAACUUGGUUCGCAAGACCGCGUCAGACCUAUGGGCAAUGUAUGAAAACAUUUAACUGUAACCCUACCUUUCAAAAGAUUCUGCGGUUGAUUGGAAUUCCUACCAGUAGGCAUCCAGUGCAAACAGUGGGAAGGCGAGCAAAACCAACACCGACCGAGUAACCAAAAGCAGUGGAUGUCUACAGGCACGAAAUUCAACUAACAAAGGACGAUUUAUUUAGACAUAUCUAAGGGGCAAUUGUAUUUGUUCAGCGCUGACACUUUUGAUGGCGAUUUGGACAACCCGGUUCGAAAUGUCGCUAAGCAAAUCCUACUUUAUUCCCGGAUAUUUAUUUUCAAAGGCCUCCCUUGUCUUUCUCAGUAAUGUUUUACCGGGCAUUCCAGUAAAGUGUGCCCUGUUAUUCAAGGUUUACUUUCGCUGGCAGAAUAACGCUUUAUCCUCGUUUAUUCUCAGCCAGUCAUCGUAGAUGCCUGUGAUAACCAAAGCACUGAAGAUUCUGGAAGCGCAACAGAAAAUUAUGACGUUUCAAUUCUACAUGAAUCAUUAUAAUUAUAUGACGGUAAUUAUGGGUUCUCCAAUUACCUUGGGAGACGGAGUAAUCAGACUUUUAAGUGAACAGAAUCAAAAAAACGUAUUCACAUUAGAAGCCUGUUGGGAUGUCUUGUCUUGUAUUGUUAUCCCACAACCUUAAUAAACGAAACAAUACAUUCUCUUUAUGCUUGAAUUAAAUUGCUUAAUUAUCAUGUAGAAGUGCAAAAGUAGUUGGCGAGGUAAUAUGCCAGUGUAGUCUGAAAAUUUGUGAAAAAUCGUAUUUGGCACAGUUAGCAGUAGGGUGAUGCCCUUUGUGGCUUGGUGCCAAAAUCUUGAAGGCGUUUUUGGUCGUAGCAAUGCGCUUUGGAUAGAGACACAAUUUUCGUUUAAUUGGCUGUCUAAAGGUCAUCCGUACAUUUAUAGGCACAUUUAAAAGACGCAUUUUAAUCUGACUGGUGGUUAGAUAUUACGUCCUGUGUAGACUGAACACCCUUCAAAUUAUGCCUGCAGGCAAGCACUGGAAAUUAUUUCUUUUAACAAAUGCGAUUUUAUGCCUUAAAAUAGCUUACAGUUUGAAGAAAGGCAGCUUUACUUUCCGUAUUUAAUUCACGUAAAUCGAUGAGACCUAGCAAUAUUCAGACAGAAAAUAGUAACCGUCAUGCUUUGUUCCAACAGCGAAACUUUCGGAGAUGGUGGCAUUGAGUUCUUUCAAAAAACCUUUUUUCGUGAAAAAUUAUGACUUACCGCGUUUUGUUUUAAAUCCACAUAAUUGCCAGGUUUAUCAUUGUGUAAGGCGCAGUCUGUUGAGGUAAAGCACAUGGAAUGCGGAUUUCUUGGAAGUUUAAGAAAGCCUUUUUGUGCGGUCAACAGUUGCCAGUACUUAGUCAUAGCAUUCCAUGGUCAAUUAUGGACCAAACGUAGUUCACGUAUUGAAGUUGCUAUUCCUACGAUGCAGAAAGUGUUCCAAAGAUUGUAUAGUACCUCAACGACUUGUAGUUACAAUGACGUUUCUUGAGACAUUUAGCUCGCAAUUUUAGGGCACCGUCAUUGGAAAAGCUAGAUUCUUAGGUCGGUCCGUGUUAAGGAUCAAGAGAAUUCCGCCCGAAAAAUAGAGUGUUACGAACGGCAUUUGGCAAAAUAUGUGGACUGUGCACACGUUCCAACAAAGAUUAUGAUUUAUAGAUGUCUUGGUAGAUUUUGAAUAAUUCAUAUUGACCCAACUGUGAACACUUGGCGCCUCGGUAAAAUUCGAAUCCACGAAAGCAACGGGGAGGCGUUAGUUUAGCCAAGUUAUAGCCACCUGAUCUACGAGGCCCACACAGAGACGUGACUUUACUCCAUUUUGGGUCAAGUUACUCUCCCAGCUGAGGUGGCUGGAGCGUUGGCUAUGCUAAAGCCUUCCCCUCGCUGUCGGGGUUUGGAGUCCCACUGAAACGCAGAAUUUUCUACAUUUGGGUCAAUAUGAAAAUUUUUGCAGCAUGACUAAGCUUUACUUAAGUCAAAUGAUUUGAUAAAUCCCCAAUUUUGUACAUAAAUUGAACUCCACAAAUUCAAAUGUUGUAGUUGUACACUAUGGCAGUUUACUAAAUGCGACGUUGUGCUAUGGCUUGUCAUCAUGUGGAGUAACUGUACCAUCCCCUUAAAAUACCACAGUGACUGGCCUCACUUGUUUGAGAGUCGGUCAGGCCAAACACUGCGCAAGUGUUUAAAGCGGAAAAAAAAUCAUUUUUAACACGAUCAGACAUCCUCACAAUAUCAUUAUACAAUGAGGUCAUACCCAGGUGCGGUCGGGCUAAACGAGUGGAUUGGACGAAUGGGUUUCACACAAUGCCAUCGUCGUUGACCAGAAUAUAUAUUGCCUACACCUAAAGGUCUUUGAUGAACAAGAAUGCAAUUCAAUUGCCUAACUCAAGCCCAUGAACCAUGAUGUGUGCCAGUUUAACGCGGAAUAUUGUAAAUUAAUUAAACAGUGUAUGCGAAGUCUACUGUAUUUUACCAAAACAGUGGACUAGUUCCACAACUAUGUUGCUAUCAAUAUCCCGAAGAAAUUUGGGUAAGACACUCGAGCUUACAGACAUCCUAAAACACGCAGUAUCUUCUGGCUGACAUCCUUCGGAUUGAAAAGUUUGUGCCACCACGUAGUAAGGUCUUAUCACAAACAAACGCCUAGGGUGUAUUUUUACGGGUUGAUGCAGUGGUAAAUUACUGAAUGCUUAUACAAGCGCUGCCCUUAACAAAGUCGGCCAAACCAGGAAAGCCCCCAAAGGUCCGAAAGUAGGUUGAUCCUGCAGACAAUGAAUAAAAAUAUUUUGAAUAUUUGCAUCAGAGCUGGCUCCCCUUGAAAACGGUUUUUAUGCCUUUUAUAAUUUAUUUCGCAUGAUGCAGAGAUUCCAAAGGGACCGCAGAGAUGUUCCCUGGAAAGCGGGUAUUCAGACCUUCAGAAUAUUUCUCAUCCAAAACAGCACGUGUUAGGUAUGAUGCUGUAUCCGGUCUCAGGAUCAUUAGAUAAUUGUACAAACUUUUAGCACAUUUUAUAGUCAAAAGGCUUAUAUAUUUUCACAGACGAAAGCUACUUGCGAUAAAAGACCCAACAGGCUCACUGCUGUGGAGUUCUCAUGAACAAACGACUGGGGUAUAUGUUAGGGGCUAAUUCAGUAGUAACUUGCUGGAUGAUAGGAAGAGUUGUGCCCUUUCAAAAGAAGUGGCCCUACCCAGGCCGUCAGCCUACAGGCAGUCUCGUUCUGCCAGACUUUAAGAAACAACGUUUUUCGUUUUCUGUUUCUUUCGACAACCCACUCGGAUGGAAAUAAUGUCGUAGGUGUUUAGUUUAUUUCUCAUUAGCAAUUUCUUAAAUACGCGUCUAGGAGCAUUUGCCGAACGCCCAGUUUGAAGCUAAAAGAAACUUAGAUAUUCUGCCUUAAGGAAUAGAUGAUUUAGCCCCAAAGGCUGACUUUACGAAGUCGAAUUCCCAACUCUGGUAUCCUGUCAUUCUACACGCGUCAGUCUAAAGUGGAGGUUUAUAUGUGGCCAUAUUUGCUGAUCGCAUCGUGCUUACAUCAGUAAUUUAUAAUCUUUAUGUCCGCGUUGAACUCCAAAAAUUGGCUAAUACAAAUGACAGAAGUGCGAGCUCAUUAAGAAUAUAUAUUUCUCUGACCCCUAAAUGGAUAUUUCCGCUAAGUAAAUGUGCAAAACCUCGGACUAUCACCGUAUUUUCAUUUAAGAACGGCCCACUUCGCUCAGUGCGUGUUUCAAGUUAAUAAUUCCGCAAAUUAUCAAGGAAAUUAUUUAAAGCCAAGUGCUCCCGUGCAAAAAAAGACGUCAGUCCUAGGCCUAAACCAACAAGGACAAGAGAUACUGACAUGAUCAUUUCUGGCUUGUAAGUCGUUAUCAGGUAGUCAUAUCCAAUCCAAAAUCAUGCAGCUCCGAGAAUCAAACGUGCGAUCUGUUGGUUGAAAGUCUAGCGCCCUGAUCAUUUAGCCACGGGCUCGUUGUCCUCUUGGUUGCUACUGAGUAUAUUCAAAAUGGUAGAUAGGGGCGCGCACCAAUCGCACUGGAGAGUUCACCCUUACUCAAGAGAACAUCGAGCCCGCGGCUCAAUGGUCAGUGCAUUGGAUAUCUGACUAACUGUUCGUACGUACGAGCCUCGAAAUUUGCAUAACUAGGGGUUAGAUAUGGCCUGCCGGUAACGGCUUGCAAGUCAGCAAUGACCAUUCCAGGUUGCCCUUGUCUUUUUCGGUAAUGCUAUCCUUGAGAGAGGGAGAAAGUGCCCGGAGAGGCAAUGGGACGAGUGAGUCCCGUAGCUCGAUAGGUGAGAUGGGCUAUCUCAUGAAAUGUCAGCGGAAAUUCCAAAUUAUGUUCUUUAUUAGUAAGGAUUGCCUAGGUAUGCUUGUAAUAUUAAUUAUCAUGCAGUAGAAUCCUAAGGCUUUCGGACAAACUUAUAGUCGAUCAUCUGCAGAACGUUCACUCACAAUAAUGAGUACCUAAUUUAUUUCAUUUUUCCAAUUGAUCUUCAGGGUCUUUAUAAAUUAAAAUAUAUGUUAUAGAAAACAAACACAACAAUAUUAUUCCUUGUACGCAUUAGACCUGAGUCCUCACAGAAACCAGUGCAUGGUAGGAUUGCGCGGAUGCCAGCUUAACGCUGUCAUAUUUUGGAGUUUUGCACAAACUGAAGAUUUUAUGAGUCUCACUUUUCCUCUGUAGUGUAAUUUCGUAAUUUAGACCCUAAAUUCGAAUUUCAUCAGAUGGCAGCAGUAAAGCGGUUUUCAUCAGCACUGAACGCCCCCUUUUUACCAAAGGCAGUUAAUCCCUUUAGACGUACGAGAAAAUGUAUCCUCAGGCCUUUGCAGAGCUAGUUGGCAAGCGCAUGCCUACUUUCCGCAAAUUAACAUCCGACAAAUGCAAUUAGCUGAGAUGCUUCUAUCUGGACACAAAAUUGCGGAGAACGCGACUAGUUAGUGUAGUACGUGAUCUACAUCAUGAAACGUGAUUAUGUGAACUGAUAUGAUAACUGUUAGGCACCUAAAAUGUUGCGCAUUUUGCCCACUCGUCCAGAAUCCCAUGGAUGAUGUCCUUUUAUAGUUUAGAGUAUUUUCCUCAGUAAUUUACUCAGACAAACUGUUUAUAAAUGUGAGCAGAAGUCUAAGUUCUCCUAAAUUCGAGCAAUUUUUGUGUUCAUAUCUGUCCUAAAUUCAAUUUACGCAUCCGAGCGUGUUUUUCUUUUGGAGUAGAGUAUGUAAGCCUCUAGAAUUUUAUCAGUCAGGAAAAGCCACAUUAAAAAUUGAUUUUCAGUAGGACUUUAACCUUGAAAGGCAGAUGGCGCACAAAGACGUUUUAUCGAUUUUUACCAGACGGAUUUGCAAAUCUGUGUGAAUUCAUGCCCAAAUGUGUAGAAAAGAGGUCUUCGAAGCAUCGCCUGCUUAAACAUAGUAAUAUUACCUUGCCAUGGGUGAACACGUUAUGAUGAUCAUCAUCGAAUGACAAUUUUGAAUCUUAAACAUUUGGGACGAUGACUUUUGUUUGGUUUAGUUUCUGUUUGUGCGUAAUUUAGAAACGGCUUGGGUAAGAUAUCACCGGUUUGUGGAGUACGCCGGUAUUUAUAUGGUCACUAUUCUGUGCGUUCAUAAUCGUGAAAUCGGGCCUGAAAGAAAGCAAAGAAAGCGAAAAGGCUGUAAUAUAAGGAGAAAAGUAAGUAUUUCAUUUCGCGGAGGAAGCAUUGCCCGUAUUUUUUCAGAAAGUUAGAAAACCGCCAAUAGUGCUGAUUUGUUUUUUUGGCUUGAACGUGUGGAGCUACAUUUGCGGGCAUCUGUCAACAGAAUGCAGUACAAGUGCAGGUUUGCAUAGGGAAUUUACCAGCGAACGGUUCUCAACUGAUCAACAACAUAUUUAUUUUUGAAUUUGGUUCCGGACGUUCAUUUUUUUCAGCAAUGAGGUUUAACCUUUGGGUAAGCACGUACAGAAAAAGAAUAUCGAAGUACUUGCUACCCCGGAAAUCAAGAAUUCACAGAAGUAUCUUGUUUUUAAGGUUUCUGGUAAAUAAAAAGUACAAAAUCCUUCUUUAUUGGAAAUCGAUUAAAGACAUUGAAAAAAGGAACUAUUUACUGAUAUUUCAGAGACAUAUUAAAUUAAAAAUUAUUUACCAUCAGAAAACUCUGCCUAUAAAAGUGACUGAAGAAGUCUUUUGACAUGCUCAAAAUGGGGCGUAAUCUUUUGCAUCGGCCAACUCCUUUCAACUUUAGCUUUCAGUGACCGACCUGUCAACAGAUGUAUUUGUUGAAACAUUUGUUACUUCGACGCCUUUAUCAGCAAAACCAACGAAAUCAUCUUUGUUUUUCUUUAACGCGUAUCAGACCAUACAAAGACGAAAAAAACGUGUCUUUUGUUUUUGGAGGAAAGCUCAUGAAAGCACAUAUAAAAAUUAAACUUCUAGUAAUAACUGUCCCUAUUCCGCUUCGGCUUUUUAUACGAAAAUGCAUCAUAUUUUUAACGUUUGCGUCCUUCUCAAAAGUUUUUUUCAUCAUUGGAAUAGUACUUGUAAUAUUUAUUCUACGUUUUUACUAAACAGGAGGUUGUCCAUUACUAGUUUAGUGCCUUAGUGGAUGCGGUCGGGCUGAUGUCAGGUUAGCUAGUGACUGCUUCUUAUAUUAGGCUCAUUUCACGUGUUAGGUCACCAGAUAUAUGCUUUCCUACCUCGAAUUAACACAGUCAGAGAAGAGAAAUUUGUGAAUUCGUCUAUGUUCCUCCUUCUUGUGCGAGUGUUUUCUCAAGUAAACAAAUGUUUGAAACGGGCGCGCAUUUGGCACACAAUUUUCUAAAGUUUCUUCUUUUAAAACUCCAUAAUAUAUAUUUCUUACCUUUCACCGAAUGAACACAACGACUUUUAUUCUCUCUUGGCAAUAGGAAAAUAUGCAUUUCGAGUGCUAAAAUGACUUAUUCAAGCUCCAUUUACUACAAACAACCGCUUGUAUAGAUCAUUAACAAUGGUGACACUUGGCAUCCUUUUGCAUAGGAUGUCACUUUUGUGAUAAGGUGAUCAAUGUGUGUUGAUUCAUUCAAAAUUCAGCCUAAAUGGGCCAGCAAUCAGUAGUAGGGUCUGCUGAAUCAGGAACCUGGGUAUUGCUUAGAGACAUGCAUUCAUUAGAGCAAAACAGGAAAUGCGCAAAUACCCACACCGUCAACACACUUCAGCACAGUCGGGAUCGACGCGUCGACAGUGCGUAGACUGGGACCUAGCUCAUAAAAGGUACAAAAAUUUACGAAAGAUUUCUGCUCGCUUACAAUUUGACAUAACCUAGUUGGUCACAGCUUUGAGAUGAUAAUGGACGACCUUAGACUAAUUGAAAGCAUAAAAGAAAGGAGAAACAUCGUAAAAACUUCAAGUCAGGGUAAAAGUCAGUAGGUUUGGUUUUUUUACUUCAGAAUAAAUUGUGGCGAGCGAACGUUGAUUUCGAUAACUUCUCGUCAGACCAGUACUGUUAUAUGGGACGGGGUACAGUGAGUGAGAAAUUAAUAAAAGUUAGUUUUUAUAAUACAGGCUAGGCAAGAGCGGAAGGGUUCAGAAAAUUGUAUGCGGUUAGUCAACCUUUGACCACGGUAAGCGCGGAGACCGAACGAGGUUCUUCUGGGGUCGGCUUUCGUAACCUGAUGGCGGCCGCUUCUGCUGUUGCUAACAGUCGCUGGCACAGUAGCUUAGGGUAGCUCGGGGGACCUUAUAAUUCACACGAAAUGCUUCAGCGGGGUCCACACGAUGCCCUGAAUCUACUGCAUGCACAAAGAUGACGCUGUCAGCCAUGCGGGAAGGUACUCUCGUAUUCUUUUGGAAAGGCGUCUACUCGUACGACCAAUAUAACUAGCUCCACAGGAGCACGUGAAUGAGUAGAUGCACAUUGAGGCUGUCUGAGAUGGCAGCCUAAAAGGGGUAAUGUUUCCGUUGCAAAUAAAAAAGACCACUUUUAAAGCCUUUUUUGCCAUCGUUUGUUUAUUUUUGGGCUCCGUUCUUAAAUUGUAAAUGCAAAACAAAGUGGCCGAACAAGCAAUAAGCUACCUGUUAGGCAUCAUUACUGCGUUUUAUGAAAUUAAAUUACACAGUUUUAUAAAUCGGACUUUUUAAAAUUGAUAGUAUAUCUUGUAUUAUAAAAACACCCUGCCUGCUUACACCAUCCUUCAUCUGAUUUACGUGGUAAAGAAGAACCAAUCGUCAAGUGCGGCAAAUUCCGUUUCGUAGACCACUGAAUUCCACAUUAAUCUCUUCUCAUAGUAAAACACGUGAUGAUAAAUAAGCUUGGUUUAGGAUAAUUAUUAACACGGGAAACCUCCGGAAUACAAAACAUAGUGCAUUUGGAAGGACAAACGUAUUUACAAGUAUGUUGGCACCUAAAAAAGAAAAUCUUCCGCAACAGGCUAAGAGAAUGAGAAAAAUUCGCAGCAUUUAAGUUGCGCACAGUCGGUCGUUUGAAUUUUCGUCAUCGCGUUUUAUGAGUUUGAACAUACGUUGUGCGUGUUGUGUUCGAACAAUCAACCUGUGAGGUGAUCCAUCGACACUUAAUAGCUCUUCAUAUUAAAUGAAAUCAUUGAUUCCUAAAUUUACAGUCACCCGCACAGAUUAUCCUGAAUGAUCUCCACAAAUAACUCGGCCAAAAAUAGUAAGAAUCGAUCAAGAAUGAAAAAUUGGUUAUCCACAGUCAUAGAGACGUAAAACAAUUUCGAGUAUAGCAGAGCAGAAUUUCAUUUUAAAAAAGGACUUCCAUAAGCACAGACGCUAUACUGUAUAUGAACUGGUUAAAAAGAAGAAGAUAAUACGAUGGCUGGAACAAUAGUACUAACGCUCUACAUUUAUCCUCGAAGCGGAUAAAAGUAGCUUGUGAAAAAGGGGUGCAGUGGUUUACAGCCACCUAAAACGGCACUUCCUGUACCCAUUGGACUGGGAUGAUUGCGUCAUCGUUCUCAGUCGAGUCUUUAAUUGCUGAUAUUUCGUGCAGAGCGUGAUAAUUGUUCAGUAAUUUGUCCUGUCGGUACUGUUACCGGAAGCUUUGCUUAAUCGCGAUCUCCUAGCUCGGGCAAGCUGUUAGCAUCAAAUAUGGGGGGAAAGCAUCUGCAGACUUGCUGAUGGAUUGCAGUCGAAUAACUGGAAGUCAGUCAACUCGCGGUUCAUGUGUUAGUUGCCUAUCGCAAGAAGUAGGUUCUCUUUGGCCUUACAACCGAGAACGGAUCCCGUUCUGUGAGUGGCAACCUAGGCCUUACUGUUGUUUCAACUGACUCCUAAUGCUGCUGUUAUGCGUUUGUCCGUUCAUUAGUCUUGCGACAAUAAUACGUCUUUCAACCGCAUUCCUGGCCGUUUUGCAGCUCUAACCCCCAGUGACACUAGACAAUGGUCGACAGCUGCUGGAGCUCUCGCAAUGGUCAGGCGAUUUCAUCAAAAUUAAGUUCCAAGGCGGUUUCGCAUCUUGUCUUAUUUUUAAACCCGACAGUUGCCGAAAGUGUGCAGGCAAUCGUUUGCCCUGUGUAGUCUUUGAAGUUUUUGUGAAUAGAUGACACUGGUAUCUCAUUGACUUGCCAUUGGGAAAUUCAUAUGCAGAGCGGUUUCUGUUAAAGUUCAGUAUGUACGUUGCCUUCGCAACUUUUUCGAACACGUUGGGUUUUAAAACAGGGAAAUCCCUGUGAGAAACAACACCAACAACGACGGCCAUCUAAUUGGUCGGACCUUCCCAAAUAGCAAAUUCCGUUUGGUAGUAAGCUGACACUUGACCCCUCCCCCAGCGAUGAUGAAGGUCUAAUCCGGAUAGUGGGUUCGUGUUAAUAAAAUAGCAUCAAUUCCAGACGCUACAAGGCUGCCUCAUCCCCGCCUCGAGCAAUCGGCAAGUAUGUUGACACGCCGUUUACCUGACCGUAGAGAUUUUGUCAAGCUCUAAAUGUGGAUUGGGACAUAACUUGCGGAGUUGGAGAAUAAGAAUAUUUCCCAUGGCGACUAACUUUUCAGCGACAAUACCAGAGUCCCGACUGCUACAUCCUAGGGAACGGAAGUAAAGAGGCACGUGACAGCAAAGAACUGUCUCGACCUUCUUUUGCAGAAUACCUACGACUCCGAAGUUUCUCCAAGAACUGUGUUCACGAACCGACAGCCAUCUGAUAACCCGAAACAGCAUCCUUACUUUACGGACUUUAUAGAAAACUGCUAUGAUGCAAAAAGAGAAUGUGCCUCUAAGAUUACUCCUUAAACGGUAGAAUUUGGUGGCCACUUUUCAUUCUCGAGGCACUGCAAUCUGUCAGGUCACUUUGCUCUCACAGUUUACUCGAGUCGUGAGGUGCGAAUCGUCCUGCUUCAACAGGUUAAUUGAAAUUUACUGAAUCGCAUGACCAAAGGUCACCCACAUGACCCCAGCUGCCCGCAUGGCUGACUCACACAAUCGGUUUUGACCACUAAUCGAGCGCAAACUCGACCUGUCCAAAGCUUAGUCGUUUAUAGGCGCCAACAAGAACCAGUUGGUCAUUCACUAAAUCACACUAGAAUACUUCGCCAAGUUUGCCUUUCUGAAAUGAGAUAUGAAGACUAGUUUGGUGGUUUGUUUGCAAUAUAAAUGGCAUGAGGUGUAGAUACGUGUGAGGAAAAGUUAACAUUCAUUGUAAAAAGGUCAUUCAGCGAAAGGCUGCUAUGUUUGCGGUGCCAAAUGCCGCAGAAUAGUCUAGAAAGGAAGCUUCUUCAGUCGCUGCAAAUAGCAUUUUGUUAUGAAGUGAGCUGGUGUGUCGAGCAAACAGAUGCAACUUUUUUUCGGCAUAAAUUCACCUUUACCGACUUAGCGGGCCGUUGUCAAAGUUUUCGGGACGAGGCAGGGACUUUAAUAGAACAUGGGUUAACGUUGUUUAAUGCCAGCUUCCAGACGCUUCUUCUAUUGAUAAAUCGGGGCCAGGGAAGGCGUAAUGUCUGAAAAAAUAUUUGUGGAUGCGUAGCACCAGGUUGUGCAGACAGAUCUUCGCCACCCAUGUUGAGACCAAUCAGUACUGCUUGUUUUCGCACUCUGUGGACGACCAUUCGGUGAAAAUGGGCAAGGAUUAUUUGUUGAUUAUGGUUGACUCACCUUCUUCGAGCUAGAUCAUCAUGCAUACUCACAGGCAUUCAAACAGACGCCGACUAGUCCGGUAAAUGUUACCGCUGUACAGGAGCUAGUAAGAGAGCUUGAAAAAACAGAGUUUUUCUCAUCUGGAAUCUUGUUUCUCCACCCAGAAAGGAGACUUUAAAACACCAAUACGUAGAAACUUUCCGCUGAUUGACAAGCGUUCACUGUUAACCCGUGGAGCUAGACUGAGUUACAAGUAAUCAAGUCGUGUCUGCGAUCCGGUGACAUUAUUGAUUUCCUGACUUCAGAUGGCUCAAGUUUACCCUGACAAGUGCACUGACUGCUUAAUCUGCAAACUAUGCAGGACUUCCAAUUUUGAAUGUUUACUUUUUGGGGACAUGGCAUAUCCUUAGAUCUCAUGAAAAGCCAGCGUGUUCCUGUAUGAAUUUCACAUUUACUUACUCUUUUUGCAUUAAAAUCCUAAGCAUAAAUGCAGCGACGGAGAGUUCGUGAUCACUUGGAAAGAAAAAAGUUUUACAACUGAAAUACACACCCUCUUUGAGUAGAAAAUUUGGUGCAGAUGAGGCUUACUAUAAAAUAAACAUAAAAAGAAAUAUUUUUGUAUAUGCUUUUUUACAAAACAUCUUUGAAUUUAUAACAGAGCCGAAAGUCUACAGGAAAAUGUCUACUAAUUACAUAGCCAUGCUUAUCGAGUGCGGUUUUCGAAAGCGAACGAAAAGAAAUGCACUCAAAUCUUAACAUCCCGGCGUGCCUAAAAUAUCAUGGGAUUAUGUCGCAUGAUAAUCGAUAUACAAACCCCAAGUAAGUAAUCCCUCCUAGUCGAAACCGCAUUUCAGAAUUUUUGUUAAGAUUUAAUGGGAUCGAUCGAUACCUGUAGAUGGUCAUAAGGUAGUACUUAAAGAAGUAAAGCUCCCUUUUGAUUGGGCAGAUAGUAUUUGAUCUUGCUUGGGAGUACAAACGGACAUGGGAUAUCCUAACGACGGACUGUGUUUGUUCACAAAGGUUCAUAAUUGGCGGGCGUUGACUUUUGAUGUAAAAGCUGUCAUUCGCGCUGCUCGAUGCAGGGAGAAGAAGUCUUGGAACUGCGAAAUCACAAAGCACGUGUCAAAACAUUUUGUUCCAAUCUUGGACUGAAGAGAUUACUUGGCGGGAUUGGCAAAAGUGACUGUAGGGUGAUAAAACCCCACGGUAAUUCAUGGAAGUUAGCAUGCUGGCGCUUUACUGAACUGUUUAAUGUUGUCAAUAUAGACGUUGCUGAUAGGGCAUCACAAGGUGGGUUGUUUUCAGUUAUUUCACGGUUUCCCGCCCUCCGUAUGAAUUUAAAAACUUUCAGCGAAAGGAUUUGGCACGAACAACUUUUUAAAAUAGUCAUUGGGAGAGAGAACGCAGUUUAAUCUAUCUGCAUGCUUGAAGACCUCCUAAGUGUACAAACCACUCUUUUAUUCUGAGAGAAUAUGUGAAGUCCCCAGCGGCGAAUUCCAGGCAUCUAACUUCUAAUAUUUUUCGUAGUGAGGAAAAGACCUUUUUUAAAAUACAAAUUAUGAAUUACUGCCGGUUUCAUAAGGAGUCUAGGGCGUGGAUAUUUCGAAAAAACAUCCCUUAUUUUGAAACCUGGAAGCUCAGCAAUGCUUAUUGAAACAACGCAGUAGAAAUGUUUAUCGAAUUUGGAUUGUUGAAGCCAUAGGGAUGAUUACAGUUAAAGAAGGCUAUAAAACUGUCCGCGCAUGAAAGUUGGUUGAUUUUGUUUGAAGCACCAUCGGUAUAUGCUCAUUUCAAGUUCCUGAGCAGACUAACAAAUGAAAAGACCACCCCUUUGCUUGGAUAGAGUAAAGGCUACGCCUUAUCAAGGAGCAAGUGCUUGAACACUGCUCUGUGGGGGCAAAAGCGGACAACCAAACUACAAUCUUUACUGAUGACAUUAAGUCAUAUUGGGGCCCGAUUGUUAGUACAAAUCAAUCAUCACGUCAGACAAAAUUUCCAGCAAUAUAUAUUUGGAAAUAGGUGACUUGAGAGAGUUCAGUCAAGUAACAAACAUGUGACAAUACACCGACUCUGUUUUUGAAAUACUUAACCCAUGCUGCCAGUCUCAUUUUCUGUUUUAUGCUCUGAAAAGGCGUUGCAAUGUGGACGCUAUUCUCAAACAAAAUUUAACUUUUCCGGCGAUCGAUCUGACCAACAUCACGUGUUUUCUAAAAAUAUUACAUAUAAACGUGAAAUUGUGGUAUUGAGAAGGCCCAGACGGCGUUCUCUUGAGCGAAGAACAGAUGCGGGAAUGGUAGUCGUCCUGAUCGAAAACCACAACUCCAACUGUCUACGUCCUGUUUCAGCUUGAAAUAAUUUCGACAACCCAAAUUUAUCCUCUAAAAUUUACUCAAAUCCAGCAGCACCAUAGGGACUAACGUUAAGGCCACACGCACGCAUAAGUCAUAUAAAUGUUUCUUAAAUUUGUCGAAAUAUUGAAAGUGUGUUGACCGAAAUAUUUCGCGGUAAGCUCUUAUGCCUAAGAUGGGAACUCAAUAAUUCGAUUCACUGAUCUGGUGACGACGUUCAGGGAUCUGCAAAGUCAUUGACUUUUGAUUUUUUAAUUUACACUAUAACUUCCUUAUGUUCUGUUGCCGUUUUUAUGCUCCUGCACGAGUUUGGACGCUCAGAAUAACAGAAAAAUAAUUGCAAUGGUCGAUUAGUCGUCUUGCAAUGGCAGAAAGGCGCUCACCGAUCAAGUUACGGAACUCACUCGUCUGGUUUUGCCUUGGGACUCUCUCAGAAGUUCAACCAGCAGACGAUAGGCGGCGCGCAUUAUAGGUAGAAUGCCACUACCGACAAAGACAAGGGUGACUGGACUAGCCAUUUCUGGCCUGUUAGCUUUCGUCAGCAGUAAAACCCAACCCCGAACUGUGCAACACCUGGGGCUUGGUCCCACAACCUGUUAGUUGGAAGUUCAACGCCUCUAAACAUAAGGCCACGGGUUCUUUGCCUACAUCAUGCAUCGCAAUGCGGCUGCUGGCUGAACUCGAGAGACAGCCCUAAGGCAAAAUGGGACGAGUGAGUUCCGUAAUAACGAUCGGUGAGCGCCCUUCUACCAUUGUAUAUUCUCGAUAGAAACCGACAAGACAACGGGCCCGUGGCCCAGUGGUUAGAGGCGUUAGACUUCUAACAGAUCGCUAGUUCGAACCUCGUGUGUUACACACUUUGGAGUUUGCCACGAAUGACUGACGACGGUCAAUAGGCCAGAAAUGGCCAAAUUACUAUUUCUCUUCUCGUUUUGCGUUACUCUGGUCUUCUUCCUACUCAUAAUUGCACCUGGAAUUUGAACAUUCGACCCAUUCGUAUGUAUUAUUUUUUCUUGCAAUUUCAGUACGAAACAACACUACCAAUUACGUUGACAGUAAUCCUUUCCGUGAUCCUCGUUUGUCUUGUUAUCGUCCUCAUCGUCCAAUGGUGCAAACGCCACAGAGAAAAACGACGGCUGGUGAGUGCAUGACCAAUGCGUUUUAUACUACUUCCAAAAUGCCUCAUUGAAUCUGUUAAUUUAUGAAAUGGUAGACCUGAGAAUAGUGAAUUCUGUCUUUGGGUUCGCUUUUGAGCACAGAAAUAUGGACUAUCGAGUAACACCGAUAGCCUUAUGCUAAAUUUCAGGGGAUCCUUAUCUCCUAAUGCUGAGUCUUUUAGCCGUGACCCUAAAUUUAACCCUUAUUGUCCUAACUCCAAUCCCGACUCUGACCCUUGCUCCAACCCAAACUCUCCAUGCGGUUUAAGGCAAGGUCACCCGUGCCUAGCUAUGGCCACCGCCAAGCAUUCAUACGUCAUUCGCAGUGGGGCGUCUGGGUCCUAUAUAUAUAUAUAUAUCUUUCUCGGCAGAAAAGUCAAUAAAUAAAAAGAAAUCCUGAAUUAAAAAGUAAUGUUUUAUGAUUCGGCUGACAGCCCCGCGGUUCUUCGGAUCUGGAUCGUAGGUAGCGCACUGGAAGAAUGAAAAAAACUGUAUAUAGCUUCGUAAACACCAGUCAAAAGUCUAGUUUGACUAGAUUACAAACAGCAUAACGGCCUAAUGAUAAAACAACUUAGAAAAUAGAAAAUGGAAAAUAGAAAAUUGAACUCCGGGUGAGUAGAACAGAAGAGUCACACAAAUCAGAUGUAUUUCCUGCGGCAAUGGAAAAUAACUAUGAGGAUGCAGCUUCUACGUAAAGAGGUGCGAAAAAAACGCCUGGUUGCUUCAAACAAACAGACGAAGGGAAGCAGUCGCCAUUCCGUUCUCAUAAUGUCUCCACUUGAUCAAGAUUAGCGUCUUUAACAAUGAGCGAGCAAUCUAGCGGUUUAUGGGUGCUUUUUUCGUAGGAGAGAUCAUGUAGGAUUUCUGUGAGAAAGGCAAAGAAAUGAAGUGGAAAAAGCUAAUGAACGCAAGUUUGAACAGAACAAGCGCAAGUGCUUGAGCGAAUUACGUGGUCCUCACAAGAGAAGUAACAUGUUAUUUUACUUGCGCGUUUCGACAAGACUAGGGCUCUCUCUCUCUCUCUCCUCUUUGCAGCAUGUUUAAAUGAACCUCAACUGGUGUACUGGACAGUCACUACAGCGUCCAUGCUCUGCGUGACUCUAAUUAAUCGUUUGCAAAUCUCAGAAUUUGAAAAUGACAAUAUUUUUAGAUUGCUAGCGUAAACUGCUAACGGCUCAUACACCAUUCGCUGUAGGAUGUCUGGGCUGUGUAUAUAUAUCCCUCGGCCGAAAAAUCAACUAAUAAAAAGAAAUCAUAAAUGUAACAGUACUGUGUAAUGAUUCGGCGGACAUCUCCGCGGCUUCUUUAGAUCUGAACCAUAAUUAGCACACUGGAUAACAAAACCGCAUAUUGCCAAUAGAAGCGAAGAGCCGAGUCCCAGGAAGUAGUCUUGAAGAAGGAGACACGAUCACCGGGACAAGAGCUUUAUUAGCCUGACGUUUCGGAAGACCCACUGCCACGGCUAGAAACGUCUGGAGUCGUUUAUCGGAUCUGGUGCAGUUGCGAACAAAGCAACUACGUCGGAGAAACCGUAAGACAGCUCCGAACGAGAAUGGCCGAACACGCGGCAGCGGUGCGCAGAAAUGACGCCAGCUCUCAAGUUGCAGCUCAUUCGACGAGAUCCGGCCACAAAUUUAAAUUCGAUGAGGCCGAAAUUCUCGCAAGAGGUGACAACCGAGUGAGCCGGGAGCUACUGGAAUUAUGGUUUACUGGCCCCCAGUCCAACAACAAGUGCAACGAUCUUCCCAUUCCAUACUCCGUUCUGAAACUUCGCCUAGGCGGGGUAGCAAGCCAUGUGGGGAGCGCAGAGGUGAACACUCUUCCCAACACCGGGAUCGAUGCGUCAGAUGGUCGAGCAAUCAUCACGCCAACAUCCAACGCACGUGAUGAAAUUGCAGCAAUUAUCGACUCGACUGUCGGCCAUCAAGCAAUGAUCACACCAAGUGUGACAAUCCCGGAUGAAGGGGAGAGCCGUGAACGUUCAUAGGUAUGCGGUAGCAUGACUACUGCAUCCUAUAAAUACCGCAGCCCCUUGUGCAACAACCACCCGUUUCUGCUCUUUUGUCUCUGAUGAUGGAUUCGAGUAGGAAUCCGAAACGUCAGGCUAAUAAAGCUCUUGUCCCGGCGAUCGUGUCUCCUUCUUCAAAACCGCAAAUAACUUCGCAAAUGCCAUUUAAAAGUCAAGUCUUACACGAGUCCGUACGAUGAUGGAACAGCUUUACUUGUCUAUACAAUAGGUGCACAAAUAGAAACAUGGUCGCCUUUUCAUAGUAGCUGGGGAUCAGUUAGGCAGAAGAAUCACACUAAUCAGUCGUCCUUCCUGUGGAAACGAAAAAGAACUAUGAAGAUGUAGGUUCUGUGCGAAGAGGCGGAGACGAACGCUGGUUGCAUUAAACAAACAGACAAAGGGGAGCAAUCGCCAGUGCCCUCUCAUCCUGUCUGCACUUGAUGAGGAUCAGAAUCUCUAACUGCUCAUCACUCGCACAUGCACUUUUUACCCCGUUCCCAUGUAGGUGUACAGGCCAGAUGAUAAUUUAUGGAAAGCACGCGUUAGCUCGUCAAAUGCUCUUCUGAAGUGCACCGUGGGAAUUUCCGCAGCUUUGUUUACGAAUAGUUUAGCAGAUUAUGAGCUCUUUUGCCGUAGGAGAGAACAGGUCGGAUUUCUGUGAGAAAGGCGAAGAAAUGAACUAGAAGAGGCUAAUGAGCGCAACUGUGAACAGAAGAAGCUCAAGUGCUUGGCGAAUUAAGUGGUUCUCACAAGAGGAGUAGCAUGUUAUUCCGCUUGCGUGGUUCGGUGGAGCUUGUGCAUUCUUUCUCCUCUUUGAGAUGUGCUAACGAAGUUUAACUGAUUCUCAACCGUUGUGUUGGGCAUUUACUGCAGCAGACACGAUCUGUGUGACUCUAAUUAAUCAUUUGUACAUCUAAGAAAGUUAGAAAUGACAAGAUUUUUAGAUUGGUGGCAUUAAUCGCACAGUGUGAGCACAGGACAUGAUGACGUGAGGCGGUUCAAAUUGCAAUACAGCCAUACAUCUGAGCAGCGAUGAGAGCAAUAGCGUUAAAUUUGAAUGCAAAAAAUGGCCCAAUAGAGUGGCGGCCGCAAACAAUGUCUGCGCCUCAACUAUUGUGGGCUCGAUCAAAAAUUCUGAAUUUUUGUACUGGUAAAGUAUGUCGAGAUUAGGCCAAUCUGUCAACUUUUUUAAAAGGCACAGACAAUGACAGUUUCUACCAAAAGGUAGCUGACUUCACGAUAACAGCUAGCUGCUAGCAACUGAAGUGAAAACACCGUGUACGGAAAAGUAAACAUUUUUCUACGGUCUUAAAAGGAGACUAUAUGGGGUUCAUAAAACUUAGCGGUGGAUUUGGGUCAUAUGGUUAACUUUACAAGCCACAUUGGUUAAUGCAGAGACAUGACGUUUUAUGAAGGGCCAUUAUACGGUACUAAUAAUAUUGCAUAUGCUUGAUAUUACCAUGCAACAGCUCUUCAGCUGCCAAUCCCUGUAUCCGUUGGUGGUCGACUGUAGGCGAAUGUUUAUUACUAAAUUUUAUGGCACAAAAAGCCGUAUAUUUGCAACGCAGGGCUUCUAAACCUGGUUCCAUUUCCUCUUUCUGGAGACAGUGAGAUUUCCCAUGCCUGCGUCCGCCUGCUAUUUGUGGACGCAAAAUUUAACUUCCCAUUUCCAAAAGAGACUUUGUUGCGGCCUUUGCUAUCACUAUUAAUGUUUAUUUAGUGUACAACUUACACAAAUAACAAACUUUGACCUGUCCAUUGCAAUAGCUUAGGAAAGUAUUUGGAUAUAAAAACUCAAAAAGUUCGUCCAUACCUGGCCCGCUUUUCUUUAAUAUAACAGAUUCCAAGUAAAUUCACCUAAAACAAACAGCUUUCUGCGCCUCCAAUCAAUUUAACGAAUACAAAUUACAAUUUUGACUGCGGGCCAUAAUACUCAUUCAAACUUCGAUUGUGAUCACGAUAUUUUUUGUGUUCGUUCAUCUACUGCAUCAUACGUUUAAGUUUAAAAAUUUUGUUGCGACGAAAGCAACUUCAAGUUAGAAAACAUAGGAUAGUGUUAUUUUGUGGAUAGUUUCAGUCAUCACGUAGAAAUUCCAUUUGAAAUGCCUCAAAAUACAUUGUGGCUCUACGCUAAAAUUCGAAAAUUGGGGUAAAAAAUCUAUAGGCUGUGGUAUGGUUUUAAAAAUUAAUCAUACAUUAUUAUUUUUGCCUCCUAGUCCUCUCAUGUGUGAAAUAUUGUGAUUUGAGGAUUAAUGAAGAAACCUGAGUUGGAGAUCGGCAGGGCAAAGAAUAAAAAUUCGUUCCGCGCAAAUUCACACUAGGUUAGGAUUUUGUUGGAAGCUGAAUUUCGUGCUAAUUGGUUUCUCUGCUCCUUCUUGCUUCCAUCUGAUCGACCGCAUGCCUCGCUCACUUGACUAUUCACCACCUUCUGCUCGACUUCCUAAUCUAGUUAUCGCAUGCGAGGCUAAUGAGUCCAAAAGCGGACGAAAAGCUUUCAAGCUGAAUGUGGGGCCAUGAACUUUGAUGACGGCCUUAAAACCUGCUUCGCCUGUAAUAGUGGUCUUGAUGAAAUGAAUAUGAGGUCAAAAUCGCGCCAGUUCGCAAGAAAAGGAAUGUUAUGGCCCUUAGAUCAAAAUGGAAAAAAUAAUCCUUGCUAGGAACUACCCUGCCAGAAAAGUAACCAACCAGGGAAAAAUGCCUGAACACGAGUUUGUGAACUCGAAACAACUACUCGAGACUUCAACAGGAUGAUUUUCAUAAAGACACGUACCUGUUCAUUGGGAGCGGCAAUCAUGAAAGAUUCUCUAACUAUGAAUUAUCACGGUGCAACCACUCGAGGGAAUAUUGACAAUCAAACGUGCGUUAUUAGUAGAAAAUGUAAUACGCUUCAGAAACAAGCGCUUAUGUUUGAUAAAAGUCGAAGACCGGCGACGAUUUUCUGAACUGUUGUAAAAAGCCAGAUAUCGUUGUAAGUCAAAACAUUGCAGGAUUGACGGCUAAAUAUUCCUCUGACGCCUUCUUUAGCAGAACCGAAGAACUACCCAAAUUUAGAAAUUGCAAUAUUCGUCCGACUAUACGCACUCCUCUGAAACCUGCGCCUGCGCGUGAUUGGGGGACAUUGAAGUGAGAAGACAAAAUGCUCGCAUAGUACGCAUGAUUACGAUACAGUUUUAAGGCAGCUAAUACACAUUACCAGUGGGCAGUACUCAUAGCCUUUUCAGAGUCCGCAAAUUUUGCUUAUUCUGAGGUAGACCCCUGGAAAACACACUGUGCUGAGGCAUGGACCCCAAGCGAUGGCAUCAGCGCACACUUGCUGAAAUAUGCUUUCUAACUCCGUGUCCAUCAGUGUUUAAACUUUUAAAAGUGUCCUGCAAAGACGGUGUGGGCGCGUAGAUAACGCGUUGAACUGGGCGUGUCUCAGAAGGGGCAGACUGUUUUAAAGACCAAUUUCUUUAUCACUGACGCAUAAAAUACAGUAUUUCGAAAACCUACGCCUUAACAGGAGUAGAAAAAUGCGUUUUAUAUUUCUAGAGGGCGUUAUAUGCAUAUUUUAGAUAGGUAAGCAUUUUAAGACCAAAACAAAUAUAAUAUAAGUGCAGCUUCUCCUGAACUGAUUGCCCGCUCUUACCCUUAAGAGAAAAAAAAACUAUGAAUGGAGUUUCAGUGCUUCUCUCGUGCAUAAUUUCCGCAGACCCAGACGUCAGAUCUGCAUUCCCUAGUUGCAACCAAAUUUCGUGGAAUCUAAUUUGAAUUCUUAGAGACCCAGUGUAUUUUGAAAUUCGUAAUCCAUUAAACCCACAACCUCAGUGCGAAAAACAACUGGAUGGUAUAGCGAAUGUUUAUAAGCAAUUUUUAUUGAUGAGAAGCAGUAUAGGUCAUCACUAUGAUCAAACUAAAAUAAUUAUCAAUGCCCCCCCCACCUGACUUAAAUAAAAAACGGUAUUUCGUGAUCCACAAAUAAGUUCGUAUUAGCCAUUAUUCUAAGUUGGGCGAAUUGGUGGAAAUGUCGCUAAAACUUCGAAAAACGGAUCGCUUUUAAAUAGACUAUUUAUCCCAAAUUUUAACAGUCACGUGUAAUUAUUCAAUGAUUUAUAUAUUUCAGCAAUUCUUAUACGUCUCUUAGUAGCUAACCUUCCACACAUAGCCAUCCAUGAUAAUAUUUAAAAAUCCAAAAGAGCUACUGUAAUCAUUGGUAGAACAUUUUGUGGAUUUUUAAGCAGCUUAAGUUACUUUUAGAUGUUUUUAUUAGAUCUUAAUAAGAAUUAGCUUUUCUCGCCAAAUAAUUGGAAAAUUACGCUAAUUUGAAUUUUCAAUUCAAAAUGAACUAUUUUCUCCCGGUAAAACUUGGCGUUUUCAGAUAUUCUGGGAAUCUGCAUUAUCUACUGAACCCCAGGUUCUGCUGACAGAUCUUAUUGGAUGCAGUACCAGACAUCCCAUUAGAGGAUUUUUCCAACAGUAGAUAUCCAUAUCUAACUUGGACUUAGUCAAACACUUGCUAGACGUUUAGAAAGUGGGUUUAAAAGAGAGUUCUCUUCCUAUACAGCGUGUACAUUAAAUAAAUAGUUUGAGGUAUAUUCUGGAAAAAGGCAUUUGGGUACGUCAAAAUCGUCACACCCUUGGGAUAAAGAUAAACUUUCUGGCAAAUAACCGAUCCAAAUAGUUCCGGAUACCGAAAAGAUUCCAUCAGCGGAUCUUGACAUGUUCUGAUUCCCGCAAUUCAGGAGAGAACUGUACGUGCCGUGAUUGCUGUAGCCUCCAAUAAAGUACGGUGAGUGACCUAUCUCAUGAAAUGUUGGCUGAAAUUCUGAAAUGCUUUUUCGAUUAGGAAGGAGUACUUGGUCGUGGUUGUAAGAUGGUCUUGGAAAUUCAAGUAUAUUUUAUAGAAACCAAAAACAAAAAUAUGCUUUCUUUUAAUCAGUCAAUAGAGAAUCACGUCUUCUUUAUAUUUUAUACUUAAAGAAGGAGUAUAAUGAGGUUUAAAAAAAGUUUCUAAUUAUGAGACUUUCUAAGACCGCGAUAAGUCCAUUCACAUAGCAUCGUACCUGGCCGUUUACCACUGCUCCUCAUGAAAUGUACAACAUGGUCCGCAUCCAUUGCAAAAUUUUAUGGACCCUGUAUGAUAUCUCUUUAAUGGCAUAGAAAAAUAUGCGAUUUUCUUUACGCGGAACGCAUGCACCUUGUAGAGGGAAAUCACUAAGCGCUAAUACAGCGAAUGCUCAGGCUCCAAAUUAUUCGGAAAUCAUAAAACUUUUUUAAAACCUAAUUAUACUUCUUCUUUAAGUAUAAAAUAUAAAGAAGACGUGAUUCACUAUUAAUUGACCAAAAGAAAGCAUGCUUUUGUUCGGGGUUUCUAUAAAAUGGACUUGAAUUUGCAAGAACAUCGAAAAUCAAUGUGAAAAAUGCAUGCUACUUAAGUAGUCGUUUUUACUGACUUCGGUUUCCACUGGAGGUUAAAAAGCAGUGCAUUCAAAAGUUGACAUCCGGCCGAGUCCGAAAUGUUAUAGGAACAUGCCACAAGAUAAUAAGUAUUACAACCUCGCCCAGCUUAUCCUUCCUAAUCGAAAACGCAUUUCAGAAUUUCAGCCAACAUUUCCUGAGAUAGGUCACUCACUGUACAGAAAAGGACAAAAGUUGGACAUAAAUGCGAUGUGUAUUGCGACUGUGGAUCAGAUAACAUUGAUACGCUCAUCUUCGCUACCAAUUCAUCAGGUUAUGUUUGAGGUUGCCUCAAAGCAGAAUUUGAAUUUACCGACAUUACCCUUUUGCUGGCCCCCACGACUUAGAACUUUCACCAAUGUCUCGGGUCAUUUAUAUAAAAAAACUCUCCUUCCCAUCUUCUAAUUUCAGCAUCCUAAAGAGCCGAAAGCUGAGAAGCACAAGAAAGUAAAGCCUAUUAAGGCGUCCAAAACGAAGGGUCUGGCGAAUGAAGCUCCACUGGAAGAAAACAACUCCUUCCUCGUCAGUGGAAUCCGACCUUAUCCAACAAGUAGGUUUCCUAGGUGGAAAGCAGAUUCCCUCGCAUUUUUAAGCCGUUGUGAAAAUCCAGUCUGUGAACUCAGUUUUACCCAUAAUCUCAUGUUUUCCUGAGCACCUUCGUAAAAAAAUAACUGAAACUACUUGAAAAUGAGCAAAAGAUGUGAGUUAAGCAGUUAAUCCACAUUUUGCUGUAUGAUUAUAAGAAGGUUAGUAUUUUACUUAUUAUUAAUGAAAAAAUUGAACUUUUAUCCAGAGUACGUGUUAUUUUUCGGCAAAACGCAAACCAACUGAAUGGCUAACCUACCAAAACAGUCAUUUUAUCAUUUGGGUAUUUAAAAAGUGGGCGAUGCUAAAAUCUUGCAUUCUUACUGUCUGCAGGAAACCCAGCAAAUCGAUCCUGGUACGACUCAAAACUCAUCCCCUACAUUGAUGAAGCAGGCGCAUCUCUGGAUAAUGUCUACGUGCCAGACGGAUCGCCUUCAAACGUGUGA